CUUUGUUGGUAAAGCCGUAAGAUUAUGGCUUGAUGGUCGUGCGUUGUUUGAUUGGCUGUAGAUAGAAAACUUGGGGAUUGGUUGAUUCUUCCGCGGGAGCCAAAACGGCGACCAAUAAGGCCAUCGUGGAGUUACGGCGGGGCUCUGAUGCGGAGUGUUUGGUAGGACUGGAGUGCUUGCUGAACAUUUGGAGGGCCGUUUUGUUGGGGAUGGGCUCGUGCCUGUGCGGGGCAGGGGCGAGCUCCGUCCCCUGUGCCCCGGCAUCUUCCUCGGGCGGCACGAAGGGGAAGAGCUCGUCUCGGAAUAGGCAGAUGAGGAGGAAUUCCUCGUUCGAGUCGAAGGUGGAGAUGUGGCUGCACCAGAUUCCGGGAAGGAUGUUUUUGAACGGGUCGAGCGAUGCGGCAUCUCUAUUCACCAAGCAGGGCAAGAAAGGGGCUAACCAGGAUGCCAUGAUUGUUUGGGAGAAUUUCGGCUCCAAAGCAGAUACUACAUUUUGUGGCGUUUUUGAUGGCCAUGGUCCAUUCGGCCAUAUGGUAGCUAAGAAGGUUAGGGAUUCUCUCCCUUUGAAAUUGAGUGCUCAAUGGGAAUUGAAAGUUAGCAGCCCAGAUGGGUUUAGUGAUAUCAGCAGAAGUGCCAUGGGAAGUAUGAACUCAGAAGAGCCUUAUAUAAAGACUAUCGAGGAUCUGAAGACCUUUCCAAACUGCGAGCAUAGUGAGAGUCAUAUUCUCACAUUGAAGGAGUCGUUCUUGAAGGCCUUUAAGGUUAUGGACAAAGAGCUCAAACUUCACCCACAGAUAGAUUGCUAUUGCAGUGGGACAACCGCAGUCACCUUGGUCAAACAGGGUCACGAUCUUCUGAUUGGAAAUGUUGGGGAUUCCAGAGCUGUGUUGGGUACCAGAGAUGAAAAUAACUCUCUGAUUGCUGUCCAGUUGACUGUUGACCUCAAACCGGAUCUCCCAAGAGAAUUUGAGAGAAUCAGGCUGUGUAGAGGGAGAGUUUUUGCUCUACAAAAUGAACCUGAGGUUGCGCGAGUAUGGCUUCCCUACUGUGACUCACCUGGUCUUGCCAUGGCUCGAGCAUUGGGAGACUUCUGCCUAAAAGACUUUGGUUUGAUUUCCGUGCCCGAGAUUUUUUAUCGACGCCUCACUGAUAUGGAUGAAUUUGUAGUGUUGGCCACUGAUGGGAUUUGGGAUGUCCUCUCAAACGAGGAAGUUGUAGACAUAGUGGCCUCGGCACCGAGGUCAAGCGCUGCAAGAACCCUAGUUGAGUCAGCCGUUCGAGCUUGGAGGCUCAAGUAUCCGUAUGCCAAGGUCGACGACUGUGCUGUGAUUUGCCUCUUCGUCGAUUCAAAUUCGAGCAAUUACGCUACUUCCCAAUCUGCAUCCGAGGAGCAAAUGGUAUCUCCUCAAGAGAACCCUUGAAAGUGGUAACGCCCUGUGGUGAGUACGCCUCAAAGUUUUGAACAAAAAAGACGAGUGGGUUCGACAUCAUCUGAGGCCUUCCCUUCUUAGCAAUGGCUCUCUGGAUGUGGUGUUUCGAGGUCAGCAACCUGAUGAUCUUUGAUUAUUCUUCAUCAAGUACAUAGAAUUCUUCGAUAUCUUACUCGAUUCUUUUACCAGUUGUAUUCAUACACGAAGAAAGUGAGAAGAAAGUGAGGAUGAAGGACUUCUUCUUCUUCUUCUUCUUCUUCUUCUUUCUUUUUCAUUUUUUGGGGUGGGGGGUUUUGUAUUGGUUGGGGAGGUGGCACUGGCCUUUGUUUUUGUCCUGGGUCGGCUUGUUGUUCCCAUUUGGCCUUCAUUUGGUUUCUUCUGUAAUCUUUCUUUUUGAAAAAGUUAUUGGGAAGUGGAACUAUUGAAAAGUGAUAUCAUCUUUUGUUUCGGAUUUGA